AUGCAACCAGAAUAUAAAUUCGUUGAGGAUUUCAGCAACGCCGAGCUUCUUGAUAUAUUCGUAAUCCCUAAUCAGGCUUCAAAAAUCAUAUGGGACGUCAAUUCCAAUAAUAUUAAACAAAUAUCAUCACAAAUUAUCUGUCUCGUUAAAAAUAACAAAAUAAAUAUUCAAAUGAUACAUUAUUUGAUUGAUAAAUUUUCAGAAAUGCGAGAAAAAGAUAUUGAAAUAUUUGCGGAACUUUAUCAAGGCAUAACAAACGAAAUUCCGUACAAUAUCAAACCUACAAAUAAGAGAUUGGCUGAUUUGUUAUAUUAUAAAGGUCACAGAUAUUCAAAUGAUAAAGACUUUUCACCCAAAAAGACAGAAGAAGAAGCCCUGUAUAUAUAUUCAACGGAAUCCCCUUUAUACUGCAUUGCUUGGGAUGACAUUAAUGGUCUAAAAAGUAAAUUCCCAGAUUCUUCUAUUGAAAAAUUAAUAUGGUAUAAAAUGCAUCCUAUUGACUAUGCAAUUAAAUAUGGUUCAGAAUUAUGUUUCAACUACUUGAAGAAUUUGGGAGCCAAGUAUCAUAAAAAAUCUGCGAAAUAUGCAAUUAAAGGCAGAAACAUAAACAUUUUUAUGCAAAUGGUAGAUGAUGGUGUGUCCUUUGAUAAUUUGUUCGAUCUUGCAUUGUAUUAUAAAAACUAUGAGAUCGCUGAAUAUAUCCAAACACAUUUUAAGCCAAAUAAUGUUUCAUUAAUAAGAAGUUUGGAUUUCGGAAAUUAUGAUAUUGCUUCUUAUUUGAUUAAUAAAGGUGUAGAUGUUAAUGAAGUUUACAUCCACAUUCUUAUUUUAUUUAUCAUUAUUUUAUGA